GUUAUGUAUUUGAGAUUGAAAGAGGUCACAACUGGGACUGUGUCUACCUCUUGGGUUUACAAGACGAACAACAGUGACGUUCUUUUUCGGAAUACAAGAUUUGUAUUGAGGAAGAUAAUCUGGCCAAUAUGGAACCAGAGAGUGGUAAUCACGUCUCCGUGGUAAGGAAACGCACCUUCUCUGAGAUGGUAGAUGAAAGUUGUGCUGAUAAGAAGCGAAAACCAUUCUCACCUCACUCUCCCAGUGAAUUUUCCUCUGAUGAAGGUCGAACCGUCAUUGAGGAGAAGGCAGAUGAUGUCGGGAACGCUGAAUUUGAAUAUCAUGAAGAGAAAAGAAACCGUCGAAUUCGAACGACCUUUAACCCUGACCAACUUCGGGAAUUGGAAAGCAUCUUUCAGGUGACCCACUACCCGGAUGUGAAAACGCGAGAUGAGUUGUCCAGCAAGACAUCACUUCCGGAGCAACGAAUACAGAUCUGGUUUCAGAACCGGAGGGCCAAGUGGCGCAAGUUUGAGCGGCUGGGUAAUUUUGGCGGGCUCGAAGAACUGAAGAACACCGAGAUCGUUCCUGCCCCACGCUCUGUCCCGAGGAUGGACCUAGCCGUAAGAUCAGACGAUCAUCCGAAACGGGAUCCGAGUGUGGGGUCGUCGAAACCACUUUCGUCAUCCGACCGUCCUCCUGUGACGUCCCCAUUGUUCCACCACUACGCCGUCCCAUCAUUCCCUUCGCCUCUCAGCGUUACAUCGCCGUCAUAUUUUCACUCUCCUGCACGGUACUAUCCAUUGAUGCCUCCCCCACACGCGUACCAUCCGGAUCCCAACAUCCUGGCACUGCGACAAGCACGCCUAGCUCCCCAAGAAUUCACCCAACCAUCUGUUUCAAAACUCUUCCCGAACGACUUCGUUAUACAUCGGCCUGAGCUCAAGGGUAAAACGAGUACUCCCGAUGAUUGCCGAAGUGCUUCGGAUCUUCGAUUGAAAGCGAAAGAAUACGAAGCUGCUGUUGGCCUGCAAUACAUGCCUUAUCCACAUUUAUACAAUCCUUAUUAUUUUCAUCAUAGAUGAACAUCGUUUAAGAUAAUGAAUCCAAAGACUUUAUAGAUCCAUCUCAAAUUUAUUUUAGAUAAAACAUGCUCUGGUAAAGUACUGUGUCAUUUAAAGUUUCUACAUGACUGUAAGAGGUUAAAAGCUACCCAACUUAUAUUUUCUUGUUGCUUUUUAGGUUAAUUUGAUGUGAUAAUGAAAAAGGAUAUCUCGAAAUGAAGUGUUUUAUAUGAAUAAAGGUUCGAAAAUGGAUUCGACCUUUGAUUGGUGUAAUGCGAGAUGAGCGGCGAAAACGGACACACGGUCUCUUUUAAUGAUCUUUUCGAGACACACAUCGGUGAAUCCUUUCCAAGUAUAUAGCCGGCGUUUUUCAGAAUUUUUGCAUGAGCACCCUCCAUGUUCACAAUGUCAUACCGAGGUUUUUUACCUGACUGCUAAGAAAGCACGAAUGUCUGUGAGCAAGCAGCCAGGGGACCAACGGCUUAAGGUCCUCUCCGAGGGACCUGGUAAUGAAGUUAAAUGCCUUACCAAAGGGCACUAGCGCACCACUUGGGAAUCGAACCCGGGUCACCGGAAUCCGAAACCCCCGCUCUAUACCGACUGAGCUAUCGCGCUGGUUCCAUGCAAACUCGAACGGCCGAUCUCGAGUUCAGUGGCGUAAUCGCCAGAUAGUCCAGGAAAAAUAGGGUUUGACCGCAAACAAAUUGCAAUAGAAUUUUUUUCAACGCAAUGCAUUUCUAUGAAGUCCCCAAAAUGACAAACUAAAAGUCCAGAAAAAUCCAUUUAGUGGAAAGAUGUCUAAUUUGCAUAAAUCCAAAAUGGCGGCUACCGUGAGAAAUUUUCAUGAUUAUUGAUAGUAGUACAAACAUUGUUCUGAUCAUAGCACUUUAAAAAAUCAUUAUAAAAGCAUUAAACUUUCACCAGUGUUAUAUCUUACCAUAGCCUUCAUUUUAAAAUCAGGAUGCAAGUCAAAUUUGACCUCCGCUGACCUCUAGAGGUCAAUGACCUUAAGGUCAAUGACCUCUAAAUAUCAGAAAAUUGAUGUUUUGCAUCAUUAGUUCAUAAUAAAUAUGGUUAUAAUGAAAAAAAAAGUUUAAUGAUGACCUUGAAGGUAUCCUGAUAUCGUAGAGAGAAAUUUGUGCAUUAUAAGUUUUGACCUUUGACCCUGGAGAGCUGGAAAAGGUCAAUGACCUUAACAUUUUAGAAUAUUGACACUUAGCAAGAUCUCUGAUUUAUGAUAAACAGGCUUCUAGUGUAAAAAAAAUGCAGUACAAUUAAUUUGAGCACGAUGCAUUUCCAUGAAGUCACUAAAAUGACAUACUCAAAGUCCAGAAAAAUCCAUUUAGUGGAAAGAUGUCUAAUUUGCAUAAAUCCAAAAUGGCGGCUACCGUGAUAAAUUUUCAUGAUUAUUGAUAGUAGUACAUUGUUCUGAUCAUAGCACUUUAAAAAAUCAUGAUAAAAGCUUUAAACUUUCACCAGUAUUAUAUCUUACAAUAGGCUUCGUUUCAAAAUCAGGAUGCAAGUCAAAUUUGACCUCUGCUGACAUCUAGAGGUCAAUGACCUUAAGGUCAAUGACCUAUAAAGAUCAGAAAAGUGAUGUUUUGCAUCAUUAGUUCAUAAUAAAUAUGGUUAUAAUGAAAAAAAAAGUUUGAUGACCUUGAAGGUAUCCUGAUAUCGUAGAGAGAAAUUUGUGCAUUAUAAGUUUUGACCUUUGACCCUGGAGAGCUGGAAAAGGUCAAUGACCUUAACAUUUUGGAAUACUGACGCUAAGCAUCACUGUUUUAUGAUAAACAGGCCUCUCGUGUAAAAAUUGCAAUACUAUUUAUUUCAACACAGUGCAUCUCCAUGAAGUCUCCAAAUGACAUACCAAAAGUCCCCAAAAAUCCAAGUGGUUUUAAGGCGUCUAAUUUGCAUCAAAGGUGAUCCAAAAUGAUUAAUCAUAGUAGUACAAACACUGGUCUGAUCAUAACACUAAAAAUAUGAUUAAAGCAUUAAAAUUGCAUCACUGUUAUAUUUUGUCAUAGGUUUCAUUUUAAAAAUCGGAUGCAAUUCAGAUUUGACCUGUGCUGAACUCGAGAGGCAAUGACCUAAAGGAUUAUUGACUUCGAAAUAUCAUUAAAAAUUAUGUUUUGCAUCAUAAUAAUUCGA